UUUAAAAAAAAAUCAUGUGGCGUUCUUAAGGCACCGACAUCGAUCUAUUACUUUCGAUCGGAACAGUAACAACAAGUAACAAAUAACUGGAAACACAUUGUAUCAUUGAUUACAUACAUCGAAUAUUCUCAGACAAUUCGUACAAAACUCAACUUCAUCGAUCAAAUUCAUCUUCUCAUAUGGAUCUCUUCAAAUCAGUUCUGCCCGAAUACGAAUACGAUCACGACCACCAACAACAACCCGAUUCACCAGAAUCAACUCCAUCUCCUCUCAACGAUGCCGCAGCAACCUCUUCUUCUUCUUCAUGGAGCUUCGGCAAUCUGAUUAAAACCCUAGCAACCAAAUCCGAAUCCGUAAUCGGAUCCUAUCGUCGUGAACUCGAGGAAUUCGGAUCCGAAUUGAAGAAAGAAAGCUCCGUGAUCCGACAAGUAGCUUCCCGUGCCGUCAAAGACUUGCCUGGUUCUCUCGACAUCGGCGCCUCCGUCGCUCAAGAGUCGCUCGAAUCCGUUGGUCAAGCGAUCGACGACAUCGGCGCCACCGUGUGGAAAUCAACGGCUAAGAUCAUUUCUCAUGGUCUCUUAUCUUCUUCCUCCCAUAUCGACUCAUAUGGACAUCUUCAUCAGGGCUUAUCUGUGAAACCGUAUAGUCGGUUUGAGAUGCAGUUGCUCGCGAUCCAAUCUGAUAAAGCCACCUAUGUUAGAGAACCUGAUGAUGAUUUAGGUGAAUUUGAAAAAUGGAGUUUAAGGUUUAAGCUAGAGGAGAAACGAGACGUGAUUGCUGGUUUGAUCAAUGGAAACAAAGCUGUUAAGGAGAUGUACGUGAAGAUUGUGCCUGUGGAAGUUGAUGCUGAGACUUUCUGGAGGAGGUAUUACUAUAAAGUGCAUAAGCUUGAGGAAGCUGAGGAGGCUAGAGUUAAGCUUGUGAAGCGAGCUGUAUCUGGACAAGAAGAGGAGGAUUUGAGCUGGGAUCUUGAUGAUGAGGUGGAUGAAACUGAAGGGGAGAAAGACAGGAAUGUGGUAUUGGAGGAGGGGAGUAGAGAAGUCUCGUCUAAGGAUAGUGAUAUCUCAGUGAUUUCGACGCAGCCAUCUUUACCUGAGGCCGGAGAUGUUGGGUGGGAUCAGAUGGAAGAUGUUAUUAGAAGCAAUGAGGAAAAGGAGAAAUCUGAUUGGCGAAGACGGGUCAGUGUAGCAGAGGAAGAAGAGGAUCUAACUUGGGAUAUUGAAGCUGAUGAACACUCUGGUAAACAAUAAGCUAUAGAAAAUGCAAGAUUUGCAAUCAAAAGUGUCACCAGGUCUUAGAGAUAUUAAUGUUGAGGACGGUGAGUUUGAGCUCAAACUCGUAUCUUUGAUCUUGGCAGGUAAAUAAAGCAUAUACGAUUCUUGUUAAACGUGCAUAUUCACAAACAUGUUGUAUAAUACUCUCGUCCGGUUUAAAAAAAAACAGAUUUGUAUAUUACUUUGAAAAAAAUAGCACAGGUUGUUGUAGGAACGAAUUAGUUUUAAGUGAAACUUGUUAUACGUAUACAACCUUAUUUGUUUGGGGUUGCUGAGUAGUGUAUAUCUUACACCUUUCUGUCUAUGAAUCUAUCAAUACUUUAUUUAA